GUAGUAGCAGGACAAUCAAAUCAAAUGUCUCUUCAAAAGAUAUUGGUGGCUGUGUUUUUAGUGUUUUUCGGUUGCUGUAGUAGUGUAGUACUGCUGGAACUACUCAUCAAAUAUGACACGGGGUCUGGUAAUAUUAUAACCUUCUCCCAGUUCCUAUUUAUUGCUGUCGAGGGAUUAUUUGUUCAUUCAAAAUUCUUUACAGUCAAUAGGGCGAUUCCGCUCAGGCAGUACUUGAUGAUGGUUACGGUGUUUUUCUCUGUCAGUGUAAUUAAUAAUUAUGCACUUAAUUUCAACAUACCUCUCCCAUUGCAUAUGAUAUUCAGAUCAGGGUCACUGUUGGCAAAUAUGGUAUUAGGAAUUAUCAUUAUGAAGAAGAAAUAUCCAUUGUCAAAGUAUGUUGCAGUCGCAAUGAUAAGUAUAGGAAUUGUUAUAGCAACACUGGCCUCCACUGAUACUGUAAAACAGGAGAAAGUUCUUGAAGUAGUUGAAAAGGAUGAUUUGGUGGUUGAGAUUGAAGAUGAUAUUGAUUAUGUUCAAGAUGAUUCUGAUUUUAUGAACAUUGUUUGGAUGACAAUAGGCGUAUUGAUGCUCUCAUUCGCAUUAUUCAUGUCAGCAGCAAUGGGUAUAUUCCAGGAAAUAAUGUAUAAGAAAUAUGGAAAGCAUCCAAAAGAGGCCAUGUUCUAUUCACAUGCAUUACCAUUGCCUGGGUUCCUCAUAUUUUAUUCUGAUCUUUAUAAAAGAGUUGAGCUUUUUAAUGCAUCAGGUAAAGACCACAAUAGCAUAUCACUAACUCUCUGCUUCUCUCUCUCUCUAGAUCCAGUAAAUAUUGGUAUCAUGAUAAUCCCAAUUAUGUGGAUUUAUCUCUUCCUUAAUGCAUUCUCACAGUAUAUGUGUAUUUCUGGUGUAUUCGUUCUUACAACUGAGUGUCCUUCACUGGUGGUUACAUUAAUCAUUACGCUAAGGAAAUUUGUGUCCCUCUUGUUUUCUAUCCUUUACUUUCAGAACCCGUUCACAACCCUCCAUUGGAUUGGGACUGCAUUGGUUUUUAGUGGGACCUUACUCUUCACUGGUUUCAUUCAGCAAGUACUGAGUUAUUUUUUCUCAAAGGAAAAAGCUGAAUAGCUCCAAUUGCAUUUACUGACAUUUAUUAUUUAUUAUAUAUGUAUACAAUACACUGUAAUUUCUCAAUUGACAGUAAUACUAACAAUAAUUACGAUAUUAAAUAAUAAACCUCAGUUUAUAUGCUAUUAACUUAUUUCUCUAUGUCAAUCAUGAUGAUUGUUAAAACUAUAA